CCCCCCCCCCCUUUUAGCCUCCCUUAGCAAGUGUGGUCCUGGAGAAGAGAGCUGACCAGAGCUAAGCUAGUGGCCAGGAAGAGAGAAGGGGGAAGGAAGAAAAAUGGGGAGUUCUUUAGGUCAUUAAACCUUCUAUUCCUGAUUUUUCUCAGUUGUAAGGAGUCUAGGGAAGUUUGGGUCCUGCUCUAACACUUACCUGUGGUGUGACCUUGGCUAAGUCACUUCACCUAAGUUUUUGUGACCUCAUUUAUAAAAUAGGGAUCAGUAUACUGUGCUUUGGCAUUUUUGGGGGUAUCCUCGGUUUUUAGCAUAGUGCCUGUUACAAAGCAAGCAUUCACUAAAUAACUAUUAACUGGUCUACCUUACGGUUUACAGAACUAUUUUGUAAACCUUAAAAUGCUAUAAAAUUUGAGUUUUGUUUUUCCCAGCCCUCAGGAGUCCCAAAAUAAUAAAAUUUGUUUUUAGUUUUAAAUUAUUAAAAGUAAACAAUUUAAGAAUUUGACUUCAUUUUAAGGUUUUAAAAAUAUCUCCAGAGCCUGCCUCAGUAGAUCUUCUUUUAGGAUGGGCUCUUUCUGAUCCAAGGAGCAAUCAAACAGCUGAAAACCUUGACCCUAAAGUGGACUUGGGAUGAACCCCAAAUGGACAGGGUAAAGGUCAACUCAGAGGAUAGAGAGGAGGUUCCUAGUUGAACUUUUAGGCCCUCUAAUCCUUUUAGAGUAGGGAUUCUUAACCUUUUUUGUGUCUUGGACCACCUUGUUAGGCUGGUGAAGCCUGUGGACCUCUUCUCAGAAGAAUAUUUUUAAAUACACAAAAUACACCAAAAAAUAAGUGAAAAUAAAGAUGAGAUUUUUCCCCUAUCUAAAUUCAUAGACCUCCCUUGAUAUUUAUCAAAAAAUGCCCUGGAAACUCCAGUUUAAAAAAUCCCUGCCUAAGAGGUGGAUUGGGAAAAUGCUCCAAAGUUUAACACCAAAGACUAAUGAAGAACCAUGGAGAAAUUAAGCUGAGCUUCUUGCCAGCAUUCCUGGGGUGGGGAUGGGGAGGUGGAGUGAAGAGAAGCUCCUUAAAAUAAUAGUCCUGAUCUUUUCUCUUCUCCCCAAAUCCAUCUAUAUAAUAGGAAAAUAGAUCAAAGCUCAGAACAAGAGUCCCUUCAACUAAAACUACCAAUAAAAACAAAAAAACCCCAAACAUGCUCUGUUCCACCAAUAUCCAGCCUGUACCUGAGGGUUCACAAAAAAACAUUUCCCUGGAAGCUAAAGGAACAAGCAGGACACACCCAGAUGAAACAAGCCAACAACCCAGCCACUUGGUUCAUGGACGAUCAAUCUGGCCACACCUCAAGGUGGACAAAGGAAGAUUUUGGGUAAGCUUUCUAGGGCUAAGAUAAGGUCAAACCCAUCAAGAAUUAAAACUAUUGCCAUGAAUAUCUUUCUCUCCCCCUUUACUCUCCUCCCACACCCUUAGUUUGGCUCUGUUCCCCUUCAAACCCUUUUCAUUUAUCCCGCUGUAUGUGAUGAGACUCCGGAGUCUUAGAAAAUUAGGUUGGUUGGACUCAAGGGGUCCAAACUCUCCCCUCUUCAGACUCCAAAUGGAACCACUGUAGAAGAGGCAGAGGAUAACAGGUCCUUUUGGAAGGGCAUUUAGUUGUGUCCCUGGGAGCUGGGCAAUCACCCAGGGUGGGGAUUUUCUCAGCUGGGGAAUCUGUUUCAACCUCAAACACCCCAGGAGCCAGAGAUAAAUAGUUCUCCUUAAUUUAGUUCAACAAACAUCAAGAACAUACUCUGUCCAUGGAUUUGGGCCUGGUGAUAGGUAGGAGGGUAAGGUUUGAACUUUUGAGGGGGGGACACACCCUGGGAGAAGGAUAGCUGGUACAGGGUGACCUAACUGAGAUUAUGAGAGACUGGAUGGAGCCUCUCAUUGGAGGAGACAAGACUUUUCCCCUGUCUGUUUUUUGCCCAGUUCCCUGUCUCUCUCCCCAUACCCUGCCCAAGCUGGGGGUAUCAAACAAAAGACAUAGGCAGAGACUAAACCCUGGACUUGUCUUGCUUCUGGCUCCUUGGACAUGUAGCUAAUAAUCCUUGGACUCCAAGGCUGUCUCCCCUUCCCAAUUCCGAAGGACCCUAAUUCAGGCCCUUUGGAGGAGACAGGAGCUGGGAGGGUGUUUGUACUUCUGGAGUUCUCAAAACUCAACUCUCAGAGCACCCUGAGCUCUGGACACAAGACCCUUAGUGUUUCUGCUUCUGUCACAGUCAGAUAUGGGGUAGGUUUCUAAAUAAACCCUCCACAAUUCCCUUAACCCUUCACAAUUCCCUUAAAUCUUAGGGGUUUCACAGAUCAACACAAGGACCAGAAAUCAGGCAGAAACUGAAAGUGAUCUGAGGUCACUUCUAAAACCAGCCUCCCCAUUGGGCCCCCUUCUAGUUCUUCCAGAUGCAAUCACAGGUCCUGACACCUGACUAUUUCAUAGCCUUGACAAGGUCAUUUGCAGAGGGAUGAGGACUCAGAUCCCAAGAAGGACAUACUCUUCCUCCACUUCCAUUUCUAUUACUGGAGCUGGCAUCCCCAUCAAGACUGAGCUUUCAUUUGAAAUUGUCUUUUGUUUGCAGGUCAUUUCCAGAGCUCAGUGCUCUUUGACACUGUCUGAGGGGAAGGCACACAGCCUUAAAUCCUCAAGUCUCUGGAAACCUGGCGUAGCCUGGUACUUCCUCUACCAAGGAUCUCAGAGUUGGUAAGAAGUAGGUAGCUUGGGAACCGAGAAGGGGCACAUGGCAACCAGGCAUGGCUGAGCAACACUACACCCCUUCUCCAGAAUCUAGUUAUGCCAGGCCCAUGCCUAGCUACCUGCGGCUCGAUGGGGAUAAAUUGUCAACUCAACUGGCAUUUCUGAAGACAAAAAAAGAAGAAACCCUAGAGACCAAGCUGUGUGGUGAACGAGAGAUCCAGGAUAUGCUGAAUCUAAUCAGUGUGGAGAUGGAAAAGGUGACAAACAACUUCAGAACAAUGCAAGAGUUUCUAAAAGACCAGGAGAAGUCUUUGUUGGUCCAAAUGGAAGAGCUCAACAGGGAUAUUGCUGAAUGGAAGGAACAGUUCAGCACCCAGCUUUCCAGCAAAGUGUCACACCUCCGCAACCUCAUGGCUGAAGUGGAGGAGCAGCGCCAGUGUCCAGUACUGGAGCUUUCAGAAGACACCGGAAACAUACUAUGCAGGGUUGAGAUGCCAAUGGCCACAGACUCUGCUGCUGUAUUCCCAGAGCUGAGACACAGAGUCCAGCACCUCUCUGCGAAGAGCUGGGUCCUGCAGAAGAAUCUGAGGCAAUUCACAGAGCGUCUUCAAUCAGAAUUGGAGAAAAGGAAAGUGCAGCUGACUCUUAACCCAGACACAGCCAACUGCCAUCUGUUGAUCUCUCCGGACCAGAAGACCUUAUCCUUCACAGAAAACCCGCAGAAGUUGCCCUACAGCGCUGAGAGAUUUGACUCCCAUUUUUGCGUGUUGGGCCAGGAAGCCUUCAGCUCUGGGAAGCAUUGCUGGGAGGUGUGUGUGGGAGUGGGCUCAAUGGAAGGUUGGGCUGUUGGGGUUUUUAGGGCCUCUGGAAGAAGGAAGGGAGAAAUCAGCUUUUCCCCCUCAGGAGGGAUCUGGGCUAUACAGAUGCUGCAGGGAUAUUAUGAAGCUCUCACCACCCCAGAGACCCCAUUGACUCUGAGCAGUCCCCUUGAGAGGCUGGAGGUCUCUCUGGAUUUUGAAGGGGGAAACCUAACCUUUUCAGAUGCACAGAGAGAAACUCUCAUCUUCAAUUUCUCAGUGGAUUUCCAUGAGGAGAUCUUCCCCUUCUUUUGGCUAUGGGGCCAAGGGGCCAAGCUUACUGUGAAUCCUUGAGUCCUAGGGAAUGUUCCUCCCACUGGGCCUCAGUUUCCUCAUUUGUGAAAUGAGGAAUAUGUGUGCAGGAGGGUGAGAACUGACUCUUUCUUAUGCUAUCAGCCCAUAGGCUUCCCUCUAUGGAAGAAGCAAUAAAGUCUGUCUAUAAACUACCAACCAGAGGGGUUAUCCUAUGUAGUCCAGUCAUUGUGAACCCUUCAUUCCUCAAUCUUUUCUGAUAUUGUUUACCUCCACUUGCCUUUUGACAUCCCUUUUCUUCACCAUUUUAUGUGCUCUCCAUUCUCCCCACAUUUAUGGACUCUUUUUGCCCUCUUAUUGUUUUCUCUCCCACACCAAGACCCCACUCUCCUGUUUUAUAUACUUUUCAUCCCCUUUCUCAUCAUAGCCUUUCCCUGCUCCUGCCCCCAUUGCUUACCCUGGGCCAGGCAUUUGCUGGUCCUUAGGAUUUUUAGUGGGGGAAGAAAAGUGGGGAUGCAUCAUUAAAUCCCAGGGAUUUUGAACUGGAAAUAUCCUUAGAAGUCAUCUAGAAAAGGACUUCUUAACCUCAUUUUAUCUCAUGUACACUUUCAGCAGCCUAGUGAAGCCUUUGUAACUCUUCUCAAAAUUAUGUUUUUUAAAUGCAUAAAAUAAAAUCUGUAUGAUUAUGGAAUUCUAUUGAAAUAAAGAUAUAAUUUUUCCCC